GAGGAAGUCAGGAGACUGCGCCUGGGAGGGGCGUUUGACCCCUUCAGCGGCUCCCUGGCUUGGAGAUUGCGGCUCCCGGCAUCCCCUGCGCCCCUGCGCAUGCGGGAGAGAUGGGGGACGAAGAGGAGAAGCAGCAGCCGCGCGUGCUGCAGAUGGUACGAGCUGAGGGGUCGGAUAAGACCUGUGUCACAUUUGUGCUCAACAAUGAGGACCACACCCUCGGCAAUUCUUUGAGAUACAUGAUUAUGAAAAACCCUGAAAUUGAGUUUUGUGGUUAUAGCAUCACUCAUCCCUCAGAAAGCAAAAUCAACUUCCGCAUCCAGACCAGAGGGGGUCUACCUGCUAUAGAUGCCUUCCAGAAAGGACUAGAAGACCUCACGGGCGUCUGUCAGCAUGUGCUUAGCACAUUCGAGGCAAGUGUAGAAGAAUACAAGAAUGAUGUGAGAAUGCAAUAGCCUGCGUGACAGAAUCUUCAUUCUCCCUUUAGUGGUUUAAUGCCUCUUUUCGUCAGGAAGUGCUGAGAAUUCUACGUUAAUACUGCAGGAUUUGUAUCAACGGUGGUAACUCUUCAAGAUGUCAGGUUUGUGAUUGGCCCAAAGUGUAUCUUUUCACCUGACCAGCUGAAUCUGAAAUCUCUUUUUAAAGCUAUCACAAUAGCUGCGUAUGAUGUUCUCCUCAGAACCACUGGGGGCCUGAGGUGCCCAUAUAAAUAAAAAAAAGGUAUCUGAAGGACAUCCAGCUGGGGAAGACUUCUUGUGGACUAGCUUCUGACAGUGGGGACAUCUAAGAUCAUGGGGAUGGUCGUUCCACUCUCUUCUGCACUGAAAUAUGUUUCCUGUUUUGGUUGCCAUAAUACAAGAAGAAUGUUGAGAGUGUUUAGAGAAGAACAAAAAAGGUAACGAGGGACAAUCCUACAAAGAACGGUUCAGAGAAAUAAGUACAGGUAGUCCACGACUUAACGGCCGCAAUUGAACCCAAAAUUUCUUGUUCCUAAGUGAGACAUUUGUUAAAUGAUUUUUUCUUUGAAGACAUUUUGCUUUUCAUCCAAGAAGCUUCUUCAGCUUCUUCAACUCUGAAAUCUGGGCACUCCAGCACUGGAGGUUUUUAAGAAGAUACUAGAUAGUCACUUAUCUGGAAUGUAUAGGUUCUCCUGCUUGAGCAGGGAGCUAGAGUAGAAGACUUCAAAGGCCCCUUCCUAUUCUACUCUACUCUACUCUAAAAACAAGAAAGUCCAGUUGCCUUUUGAAAAAGCACUUUUGAGACAACCAUGAUUUGGAUGACUGAGACUCGCUAUAAAUAUUUGCGUAAAUCUUUACCUUAAUUCCUUGCCUCAGUCUUUCAUUUGUAAGCGGUUUUGGUUUGCAUUGAAUAAAUAAUACAAGGUUUUUCCAUGCCAAAGUGUACAACUGAACAAAAAGCAAGGGAGUUUUCUCUCAAAGGUUCAGAUGCUGUUGCUAAUUGUGUUCUUUCCAGGCUGUUGAUAGCUAUGCUGCUUCUAAUCUAUUGAUUGAAUCAUUUCAGCUACAAUUGUAGACCUGAGAUCAGUUAGAACAAAUGUUGCCAUCACUAAUACCUGCAACCUUUUAAAGCAGUAUUUUAUUCAGAAAAAAGAAAUGACCGUUAUUUUAGUCCACAUUAAACACACAUUAUGGUUUACAUAGACUGUCAAAAAAUCCUAAAUCAUAAUAUUAUAUUGAGAUUAUUACAAAUUCUUUAGAGGCUACUUGAGUUCGAAGAAGAGAGCACGGUUGCUAUUGUUUGGAUCAGCUGGAAUUUAGGAAUAUUUUGAUUCAAAAUUAAAUCUCUCUUGGCUUGCCAAACAGAUGGCCUCUGUGCUAGGUGGGAAUUUCAGAUGUUGAAAUCUGGAAGGUUGUGGAAAGCUACUCUAGUAGAGGCCUAAAGCUAAUUUAACACUACAGGUAGUGCUCAAUGUAUGACAACUUGUUUAAGAACUGUUUAAAGUUUUGAUAGUGUCAGAAAAAGCAACUUGCAACCCUCCUCAAAGUUACGAAUGUCGCGGUCACCUGAUCACAAUUUAGGCACUUGGCCACUGGCUCACAUUCAUAAUGGCUGCAGCGUUUUGCAGUCCCGCGAUCACAAAUUCUGCCCUUCCAAGCUGGCUUCUGACAAAAUCAUUUGGGGAACCUGGAUUUGCUUAAUUGUGAUUCCCUUAAUGAUGAUAUGAUUCACUUUAACAACCAUAGUAAAUUGGUGGUUGUAUUGGUCCAGCCACGUCACUGACUUCUCCAACCACAUUGCUUAGUGCAAAAGUCUGGUCCCAACCGUUGUAAGUUGUAAGGACUUAUGUCUAUGAAGUUUAGCCUGAAGGAAAGAAAAUAAACUUGAUGGGAACUAUUCCCACUAAAUGGAUCUGGGAUUAUCAUUUCAGUUUUUUAUCAGUAAAAUAUUUAAUUCACUUCCUGACAUGAGGAACAUAAUGAGAGCAAAGCUGCCUGUAUAAAGAGGGUAGGGGUGAGGGAUAAAGAUAGAAAUAUUAGCAAGAUCCAAAACAGAAGCAACCUUUCAGGAUUUGCUUUUGUAUCCUAAGCAAAGAAAUCUUUCUAAAUAGGAGAAUAUAACACAUACAAUGAGCUAAUAGGUUGGCAACAUACUAGAACAGGGGUCCCCAAUCUGUGGGUCAUGAAGGGUUUAUAACGGCCCUGGAAACGGCCAGCAAGCAUGCACACGCAUCCUUGCGUGAGCAGUAGGCCAGCGCAUGUACGUACUCCAUUUGCGUGAGUUGCAGGUGUGCAUGCAUGCCGAUUGCAGAAGCUACAUGCAUGUGUGUUUGUCGGCCACUUGCUGGUCCACAAAGCUGGAAAUGUUGGGGAACUCUGUACUAGAAUGUCUGCACAAAGGGAUUGGGACAUAUAUAUAUACAUAUAUACAUACAUGUUUCUGGCGUGGUAAAAAGUGGUAAAAUCUUGCAAUGUUGCUUUCAAGAUUUAUGACAUUUGGGGGCAGAGACGCUCUUUGUCAAACAGAACUUUUAUUUCGAUUUGGUGUCAUCUUGUUCUUGAGAGAGUUGACUAGGUUCAUGAACUAUGUUGAAAGCUUGUGGCUCACUCUGAUGGAUAACUCCACCCAUGUUGUUGAUGGUUUUGUUAACUUGGAUUCUAGCAAAACAAGAUUCCACCAACUAUUAGUGAGUCGGACAUGCAUUUGGAUUUAUAUGAGACUUGCUCCAGAUCUUCAGCUUCAUGGGUAAUGUGUUUUUCUAGGUCAUCUCAAGUUUAUUAUCCUCUAGAACAGUAAAAUAAAGUCCCAGUAUUUCUUGUAGGGUCUAUUUCCUGACAUGACCUAAACUGGACAGGUUAUUAUCAACCUUGAAAGCCAGAAAGAGUUUCUCUCCCUCUUAUGACAUAGCCAAUCAAGGCAGGUCAAUCUUGAAUUGCAUUAUCACAGCCUCUUGUUUUUCUGGGUCAAGCUGAUGUUUUCGUAACAGUUGUUGCACGCCUUCUCCAAGGUUAUUGUCCACACAAACCUCUGCACCUAAUGAUCAUGCUACUCUGCAAUUUUAGGUGUUAACAAUAACUUUCUCCAAGGUUAUUGUCCACCUGUUAUGGAUCUUCCUACAUUUUGUCCCCACUACAAGAACUGUGUAAAGUAGGUUAAGCUGAUAUAGAAUAGAAUAGAAGAGAAUAGAA